UCACCAGGGCGACUUCUAAUGAACUCUGUUGCUUAAAGGAGAGGCUGGAAGGGCUGAAGGACAUGCUGAAGGAAAUUCAUCUCUCCCUGUCCCUGGUCCUGGUGUUUGUCUGUGGCCUGCUGUACCAGCUCACCCUGAGGUCUCAGUGCUUCUUUGCCUGCCUGCCUCCUUUCACAUUUCCACAGGGUCUGGAAGGCCUCCUGAGGAAUGGACGAAGCAUCAUGUUUAUAGAGACCUCUGAGAGAGUGGAGCCACCUCCGCUGGUCUCCUGUGCUGUGGAGUCUGCUGCUAAAAUCUAUCCUGAGCAGCCCGUCAUCUUCUUCAUGAAAGGACUCAGCAACUCCAUACAGCUGACUUCAAAUACCAGCUACCCAGCCUUCUCCCUCCUCUCAUCCAUUAAUAAUGUUUUCUUUGUGCCUUUGGACAUGGAAAGAGUGUUCGAAGACACACCCUUGUUUUGGUGGUACACAAAAGUCAACGGCAGUACGGAGAAACACUGGCUCCACGUCAGCUCCGAUGCAGCCCGCCUGGCCAUCAUCUGGAAGUACGGAGGUAUUUACAUGGACACAGAUGUCAUCUCCAUUCGGCCCAUCCCUGAGGAGAACUUCCUGGCAGCCCAGGGCUCUCGACACUCCAGUAAUGGGGUAUUUGGGUUCCUCCCCCACCACCCCUUCCUGUGGGCCUGCAUGGAGAACUUUGUGGAGCACUAUGACUCGGGUGUUUGGGGCAACCAAGGUCCCCAUUUGAUGACAAGGAUGUUACGGGUGUGGUGUCGUCUUAAAGACUUCCAUGGGUUGGGUGACCUGAAGUGUUUGAAUAUUUCCUUCCUUCAUCCUCAGAGAUUUUACCCCAUCCCUUAUCCACAGUGGAGGCGCUACUACCAAGUGUGGGACACAGAGCCCAGCUUCAAUGAGUCCUAUGCACUGCAUUUGUGGAACUAUAUGAAUAAAGAGGGCAGGACUGUGGUUAGAGGAAGCAAAACUCUGGUGGAAAAUCUCUAUCAAAAGCACUGUCCUAAGACUUAUAGGGUUCUGAUUCAAGGUGCAGAAGGGACAGUGUCCAAGAAGCCAGGCACAGGUUCCAGGUAGAGAGAUGUUGCUACUGUGGGAAAGUAGAUGCUUCCUGGGCUGCCCUACUCUCACUUGGUCUACAUUGUCUCUAGGGGAUAGGUGCUAAUCUACAUCCUCAGGAUUAACUUUCUCUGGCUAUAACUGCAUGCUUCCAAAGGAAAGCGACUUGUAAACACAGAAGUUGAUUUAUCCUUCAUGGAGCAGCAAGUCUAGGGGCAGAUAAUUUAGGACAGGGUAUUUGGGUUCCUCCUCCAGUAUAAAUUAACAGUAGCCAUUGGUAGCCCAUGCUAGAAUCUUUCUUUUUGUUUUCCUGCUGUCUGUAGUCCAUGCAAAUGUGGCUGCUGGACCUACAGCUCAUCAUCUGGGCUAUUCCAGACAGUAGGAUGGCAGAAGAAGGAAAGAAAAUGCAUUUCAUACGUCUUUAUGCAUGUAUGGUAUAAGUGCAAAUACCAUGUAUCCUUGUAUCUCACUUGGCUAGA